AUGCUCAGCCAGAAUUUUCUUCAUUAUCAAUCGGCUGAAAACACGUGUUCACAGAACGAUAGUCAGGGCGCGAGAACUCGGGAAAAGAAGAGAAUGUGCAGCAUCAAUUUGGCAUUUAUUGAACUUCGCAAUUAUAUUCCAACAUUUCCUUACGAGAAACGUUUGUCGAAAAUUGAUACGUUGAACCUUGCGAUUGCUUAUAUAAACAUGCUAAAUGAUGUUUUGAGGGCACGUGAAGACACCGGCGAUUAUAUUCGACGAUGUGUCAACCUUGCUCGAAAUGGGCACCCUACAGCUCCAACAUGGAGCACAAGCGAUCUACUUGCUCGUCUGAGUUGGAUCGAUUGGAGACGACUUGGAAUGGAGCCGAUAUCUUAA